UUGCCCGCCAGUACACCAGGGUGGGCAACUGUGGCCCUCCAGCUGUUGGUGAACUACAAGUCCCAUCAUGCCUCUGCCUUUGGGAGUCAUGCUUGUAACUCAGUUUUUGCAAUGCCUCAUGGGACUUGUAGUUCUACAACAGCUGGAGGGCCACAGUUGUCCACCCCUGCCCUAGUAAAACACUCCCAGCACACAGUUAACUCUUUGAUCGUCCCUCAUGUUAACCCCUUCCUGCCCAGUGCCAUUAGUACAAUGUCAGUGCUUUUUUUUUUAGCACUGAUCAGUGACACCAUAUCAGUUCCCCCAGUGUCAGAAUGUCCGCCGCAG